AAGUAUAUUUAUAUGUCCAAAAGUUUUAUAAAAGUGUAAGUGUAUGACCUUAAAUUAUGAAGUAUUACAUUGUAUUAUUGUAAGAAGGAGUAUUAGUUCUAUUUUAGUCAAGUAAUACAUUCAAUGAAUAAUAUAUAAGAUGGUGAAAAAAAUAAAAAAAAUAAAAAAAAAUUGAAAUUUAGUUAGUCAGCUUAAUUUCAUAUUUUGACAAGCCGAAUUUUUCACACCCUACCCCCACAUUCCUGGAUCUGCCACUGCUAUUCCAUGACAUGUGUAUUAAUUGAUGUGUAGAUUCAUAGACUAUGGAGGAGGAGUUGCAGAGCUAUCUAUCGGAAAUAGGGCUUUCCGUUUCAGUUUCGCCGGAGAAAGGACGUUGUCUUUUCACUGCCAGGAAAUUUUCUCCAGGGUGGGAUGUGUUGUCUCUUCACCAUGCGCCUCCUGCAGGCGAGAUUGUCAUAAGUCAACAACCUUAUGUUUCUGUCCCAAAAGACUUGUCCGGUGCCUCUGGAUGUGAAGUCUGUUUUUCUUCUGGCAAACUCAAGAACUGCUCUGCUUGUCACUUUGUGUCGUAUUGUGGGAGUACUUGCCAGAAAUCAGAUUGGAUGUUCCAUCGUGUUGAAUGCCAGGCACUCUCAAAGCUUGAAAAGGAAAGGCUAAAGUACCUCACACCCUCUAUACGCUUGAUGGUUAAGCUUUACUUGAGAAAAAAGCUGCAGGAUGAAAAGGUUAUACCAACUACUGUGACUGAUAACUACAACUUGGUGGAGGCAUUAGUAUCUCAUAUGUCUGAGAUUGAUGAGAAGCAGCUGGUUUUAUAUGCACAGAUGGCCAAUCUUGUUGGUGUGAUACUUAAGUGGCCUAGCCUGAAACUGAAAGAAGUUGCAGAGAACUUUUCCAAGCUUGCUUGCAAUGUACAUAGUAUAUGCGAUUCAGAACUUAGACCUCUGGGUAUAGGACUAUAUCCUGUUAUAUCUAUCAUCAAUCACAGUUGUUUGCCAAAUGCAGUAUUGAUGUUUGAGGGAAAACAAGCCGUGGUUCGUGCGGUGCAACCUAUACCUAAAGGUACUGAGGUACUAAUAAGUUACAUAGAAACUGCUGGAAGCACCAUGACUCGACAAAAGGCUCUAAAAGAACAGUAUUUUUUCAGCUGCUCAUGUCCUCGUUGCAUUAUAUUAGGGCAAUGCGAAGAUAUUCGAGAAAGUGCUAUAUUGGAGGGUUAUGGAUGUGACAACAAUGCAUGCAUGGGAUUUUUGCUCAGGGAUUCAGAUAACAAGGCGUUCAUAUGUCAACAAUGUGGCCAUGUGAGGAAACUGGAAGAUAUUAAAAAGAUUGCAAGCGAAGUGAAAACUCUUUCUGAAAAGGCAGAGAUUUCCCUCAAAUCAGGAAAUUAUGAAGAAGCUGGUUCUUUGUAUAAGACAGUUGAAAGGUUGCAAUUAAAAUUAUGCCAUCCAUUAUCUCUUAAUCUAAUGCGCACACGAGAUAAUCUCUUAAAGAUAUAUAUGGAGCUGAAAAACUGGAAGGGUGCGCUGGAUUAUUGCAGAUUGACUAUUCCUGUGUAUGAAAAGGUUUACCCUAGUUGUCAUCCUAUGCUUGGGUUGCAAUAUUAUACAUGUGGAAAGCUUGAAUGGUUACUUGGGGAGACUGCAAAUUGUGUUAGAUCAUUAACCAAGGCACUGGAUAUUUUGCGACUGACCCAUGGGACAAAUACGCCAUUUAUGAAGGAGCUGCUUUACAAGCUAGAGGAAGCCCGUGCUGAAGCCUCUUUCAAACUUAAACCCCUUGUCGAAGACUGAAUGUGUCUCCACUACAUAGAUUAGUACAACGCUUGCCUACUAAGAAUAUUGGAUUCUUUUAUUUAGUGCUCGAUAAUUGCAAAAACUUUUGUUCUUGAGAAUCUGUAAUUCUGUACAGGCAGUUGGGAUCUAACCCAAAAAGGGUUCUGAAUUUUGCAUUGUUUUGCUCCACCUUUAAGGCUGUAACGUCACUAUCAGCCUCAUAAAUAAUUUGGAAAUUUAAUUAUGUAAAUGGAUCUUUAAAAAAUUGAUUUAAUAUUAUUUGCA